UGCCUACACAAUGACUUAAUGUGACUGCAAACCAAGUUGAAACAGGAAGUCCAAGGCGAAAUUUUUCUUGUGAACAACUCCCACCUUUCUAGAAGUUUACUUUCCAUUUCCCUACUGGAUUAUUUUACGGGCCAUUCUCUGUAAAACUGUCUGAUUACAGACCUGGCAGCAAUACUAAAGAAUUCUGUUAGUAGAUCAUCAUGAACAGAAGUAAUACAGAACCGGAGCCCAUGGAGACCGAGCCAUCAAAUGAUAACCUCACAAUAACAGACAAUGCAAAUUUGGAUGCUACCAAAGAGAGGAAAAAGAAAAUUGUGAAGAAUAAAGAAGAGCAGAGAGAAAAUAUGACAACAAGUGGACUCCUUUUUAUUAAGGCAUUUCAGAUCCUGCUUCAGAAAACAAAAGCACCGAAGGAGAGUACGAUGGAGUACAUGCAAAGGGUCCUUCACGCCAUCUUCUUUCUUGGACAUAUUAAUGAUCCACCGAUCUCACCCAAAGAAUUUAUUCCUACAACAAUACUGGCAAAAUUCCAGGAAGUGUUUCCAAAGCCUUUUCAAGAAUACAAUACACAAUUACCAAGUCAGACCCCGUACUCCAUCCUACUGGAAUAUAUGACCGCAAGUAUGGAAGUGGAAAACCCAGAUUUAUUCAUGCUCGAACUGGUGUCUGUAAAUGAGUCACUGUGGAAAAUUUAUGACGAUGAAGGAAACCAACCUGUGGCCAAUGACUUUGCCUUCAAAGCCUCAGUGAUCACAUACAGCUGCGUUAAAGAUCAGAAUGAGAGAGUUCUAAAUAUGGCUUAUGGAGCUUCCAUGUCCUGCAAAGGACGUACACAACGGAGGAUAAUGAUUGCUAUAUCUGCCUUAUAUGUGUGGGACAAGGCUAUUUCAUAUGCAGUGUGUUGCGGUGACAAGGGUCCUGCUAUUAAGUUCCCAGAUCACGUGCACUGUACUGCUUACCGUUUUGAUACCCGAAAACGUGAAUAUAAGGAAAUACCCCCUUGCACAAUAUGCAACAAAAUGUAUGUUUCUAAUUUCAGGCCAAUGUACCAGGUAACCAACAAAAAGGAAACUUGGCCAUUUGGAAAUUGUGCUGAAAACGAAUCAUUCAGCAAGCUUCUGCACUGUAGCACAGACGUGAGAGAGGCCAUUCAUACAGUCAGCGAUGAAGGGGGCAGGCUGAUGAACAGGAAGGAUAUAGAGAAUACAUUCAAAGAUGAGUAUGAGGAUAAGAUGAAAAACAACGUAAGAAACCUCCUGGCUUCUCGAAAAUUCAGUUUGACCUCAGGAGACUGGCAGUUCUUCACCCCUGUUGUUUAACAUUGUAAAACGUAAUAUCUCUCUGAGAGGUUUUACCGGUUCUCCAUUGCUCCACAUGUACAGUGUUCAACAGAAGCAUAUCAUAAAAAAAUUUAAAUACUCAAAGUGGAUAACUGACUCGGCAAAAAUACAGUUCCUGCAACCUAAGCAGACCUAAUAAUUGGCAGACAUACACAGUGAAUUAAAUGUGCUUAUUCAUUCUUGUUAAUGUGAGUGCAGGGAAAAAUGGCUGGACACAAAACAUAAAACAACAUGUCCUUUAAAGUGCAUAUUAAGUUGCUCAUUUAUGAACGAGUGAUAUAACUUGUUGUGAGUGAUAAAACUUGUUGGG